AUGGAACUGAGAGUGGGAAACCGAUACAGACUCGGCAGAAAAAUUGGAAGUGGGUCUUUUGGAGAUAUUUAUUUGGGAACAGACAUUUCGGUGGGGGAAGAAGUGGCCAUCAAGCUGGAAUGUGUGAAAACGAAACAUCCGCAGCUCCACAUCGAGAGCAAGAUCUACAAGAUGAUGCAGGGGGGAGUCGGCAUCCCAGCGAUCAAGUGGUGUGGUGCUGAAGGGGACUACAAUGUGAUGGUGAUGGAGCUGCUGGGGCCCAGUCUGGAGGACCUCUUCAAUUUCUGCUCUCGGAAGUUCAGCCUGAAGACCGUCUUACUGUUGGCUGACCAGAUGAUCAGUCGUAUCGAGUACAUCCACUCCAAGAACUUCAUCCACAGAGACGUGAAGCCCGACAACUUCCUCAUGGGUCUCGGGAAGAAGGGCAACCUCGUUUACAUCAUCGACUUUGGCCUGGCCAAGAAAUACCGGGACGCCCGCACACACCAGCAUAUCCCCUACCGCGAGAACAAGAACCUGACCGGCACAGCCCGCUACGCCUCCAUCAACACGCACCUGGGCAUCGAGCAAUCCCGUCGUGAUGACCUGGAGUCCCUCGGCUACGUGCUCAUGUACUUCAACCUGGGGUCUCUGCCUUGGCAGGGCCUCAAGGCCGCCACCAAGAGGCAGAAAUACGAGCGCAUCAGCGAGAAGAAAAUGUCCACUCCCAUAGAGGUCCUGUGCAAGGGAUACCCAUCUGAAUUUGCCACAUACCUCAAUUUCUGUCGUUCCCUGCGCUUUGAUGACAAGCCCGACUACUCCUACUUGAGACAGCUGUUCAGGAACCUCUUCCACAGACAGGGCUUCUCCUACGACUACGUCUUUGACUGGAACAUGCUGAAGUUUGGAGCCAACAGAGCAGCGGAGGAUGCGGAGCGCGAGCGGAGAGACAGGGAGGACAGACUGAGGCACGGCAGGAACCCCGGCGCCAGGGGACUGCCCUCCGCCUCCGGCAGGCCCCGGGGAGCCCAAGACGCCGCUGCGCCCGCCCCCCUCAACCCAGCCUCACACACAGGAAUGGAGCGAGAGAGGAAGGUCAGCAUGAGAUUACACCGCGGAGCCCCUGUCAACAUCUCCUCCUCUGACCUGACCGGGCGGCAGGACACCUCCCGCAUGUCCACUUCACAGAAUAGCAUUCCCUUCGAUCACCACGGCAAGUAGCUGCUCGCCACGUUCUUGUUUGAAGGCGGCACUGGAUCCUGUCUCGCGUGAACCCUAGCAGUCUCCACUCUGCUGUACCUCGAUGAGACACCACCUCGCGCCACGGAGGCGGACAAUGCAUGGCUGAUUGUCACUAGUGCUAUUCCAACAACCUCACUUCCGCAGCGGCUGCAGUAAAACCAGCUCUACGAGCUCCUCUUUCAAUUACAUGGAACGACUUCCAGGCCUUUCUGUUGACGCAAACAGACACGCACGCACACACACACGCACAAGCACACACACACAAACGCAUACUCACACACGCAUGCACGCACAUACACACCCUCGCACACACACACACUCA